UUGAUGAAAAACCUUUUGGAGUCGGGCUGCUCAAACGUAUUGUUAGCAACUUGUAGAUUUUGUAGAUAAAGAAAUUCACAUCAUCAUGAUGGAAGAAGAUAAAACAAGCUCCGACAAAAACGAACUGUCACUUCAAAAUGAUGAACACGUCGGUAUUAGAAACAGCACGACGUGUUUAACCAAUUCCACCAAUGAAAAGAGAGAAAUUUGGACAAGUCAAGUUGAGUUUUUCCUUUCCUGUCUGGGCUAUGCUGUCGGACUAGGUAACGUGUGGAGGUUUCCUUAUCUCUGUUACCGACAUGGCGGAGGUGCCUUUUUGAUACCAUAUGCAUUCAUGAUGACUUUUUGUGGUCUACCCUUGUUCUUUUUGGAGUUAUCUCUUGGACAGUUUCAUGGAAAAGGCCCCAACAUCGUUUUCCAUCAUCUAAUACCCAUCUUCCAUGGUCUUGGUUACGCAAUGCUGGUGCUGACCUUCCUAGUUGCUUUAUAUUAUAAUAUGAUCAUCGCUUGGACCUUCUUCUUCACGUUUGCUUCUUUCACUAGUCAGUUAGGCUGGGAAUUCUGCGGUAAUGAGUGGAACACUAUAGCGUGUUAUAACAAGGAUCAGAACGAUGAGUGUGAGGAGAGAAACAUGACGUAUUGGAACAACACUUGCUAUAGCGUUGAAGAAUAUUGUAACGGAAUUGUCAACUUCUCUUACGCUAAUAUUACUCAUUGCGUCCAGUUAUCCACUACUUCCUUCAAUGAAUCUGUUUAUGUUUCUGCUAUAAAGGCUACAAAACGAGUUUCCCCUAGUGAGGAUUAUUAUCGCAAGACUGGCGAACAGAGGUUAAGACUAAUAGCCGGUGUUGUUUACUUCACUGCACUGUUCCCAUACGUUGUUCUGGUGAUUUUAUUAGUCAGAGGUGUCACGUUAGAUGGCGCUGCUGAUGGCAUAUAUUUUUACAUUGUUCCUAAGUGGGAAAAGCUGAGUGAUCCAAAGUGUAAUGUGGGACGCAGAAAUAAAUAUCAACAGCAGAUUAUAAAAUGGUUUAAGAAAGACGCCGUAGUAAUUGCUUUGGCCAACUGCUGUACAAGUGUGUUUGCUGGAUUCGUGAUCUUCUCAAUAUUAGGGUUCAUGGCAUACACGUUAGAUGUACGUGUUGAGGAUGUAGUGGACUCAGGUCAAGGACUAGCUUUUAUAGCUUACCCACAAGCCGUAACAAAGCUUCCAAUCUCGCCUUUAUGGGCCUUCCUGUUCUUCUUCAUGUUAAUCACUUUGGGUUUGGACAGUCAGUUUACAAUGUGUGAAACUCUGAUCACUGCAAUACAGGAUGAAUGGCCAGUUUUACGUUCAUCAAAGUCGUGGGUUGUCAUAGUUACGUGUUCGAUUUGUUUCCUGUUGGGUCUCCCGAUGUGUGCCCGGGGGGGCGUGUACCUAUUCACAAUGUUAGACUGGUAUUCGGCAAGUUGGUCUCUGCUGCUAAUUGGAUUGCUGGAGUGCGUCGUACUAUCGUGGAUGUAUGGUAUUAACUCCUACCUGAACAACGUCAAACAGAUGAUUGGAUAUCGACCAAACAUCUUUUGGUUUACCACGUGGUUAAUUAUUACGCCUGUUAUUAUCAUU